AUAAAUUUAACCAUCAAUUUUAUAAGCAUUUGUAACUAUCGAGGCAUAUACCGUUCUUAAUUUUGAUCAAAUCUUUUGCCUUUCAGACUGAUAGAUGAUAUGAAAACGUAUCUCAAGUGUACUGACUGUGUGUUUGGAAAUAGCGUUAUAACCGGUGUAUCGUAGCGAUCGUACGCCAUAUUGUCAACUAAAGGAAGAAAGGAAAACCAAGAUCUAGAAGUCUGAUUGUAUAUGUAGGUUCUUUUUCCAAGAAGCUUCAAAUUCAUACAUUUCAAUAUGUUUCAAAGGUGCAGAAGUUUCUGCUUCAACGUUUUGAGAUUACAAACAUCUCACGCACAAUUAAGAUGCAGCAGCAUACUGUCGAAAGCCGAAGUAAAGGAAAGGAGAAAUCAGAUAUUUGAGAAGGAGAAGAAAAGGCAGAGGGACCUCGUUGGGAGGAUAGAGAAGAUAGAAGUUAACUAUAAGUCUCCCGUGGAGGAGAUUACUCUUGUAAUGAAUAAAUAUUUAUCGACGCCCGCCGAUUGCGCGAAACACAUCUCCGAAGGUGUUGUAAGAGUGUCCGCCAUCGCUUUGGUCGACGAUUUUCCGUGGGAUAUGCACAGACCUUUGGUAUCCGAUUGCCGAUUGCAGUUGGUAAACAUGAAGAGCCCGAAAAACAAUAUAGCGAACAUAGCAUUUUGGCGAACCUGUUCAUUCCUGUUAGGCGCCAUGAUAGAAUCUGCAUUUAAAUCGGAUGUACAGGUUCAUUUGCACAGUUUCCCGGUACCGCACAUAAAAUCAGGUAAUUUCGUGUACGACGUGUACCUUGAUCUGCCCGAUUGGAAGCCCACGGACCAGGAAAUGCGCGCGAUGUCGGCCCAAUUCGUAAAGUUGAUCAAUCAAGAAUUGCCCAUAGAGAGGAUAGAAAUUACGGAAGAGAUUGCGCUCGAUAUGUUCCAAGACAAUCCGUUCAAGUUUCAACAGAUACCGGAUAUCGCAAGAGCCAAUGAUGAUAAAAUCACAUUGUACAGAGUAGGAGAUCAUAUAGAUAUUAGUAAAGGCCCGAUGGUAGGCAAUACAUCUUUAAUAGGACGCUGCACGAUCGCCGUUGUCCACAAGUUACCGAAUUCGGACAAUAUUUAUAGAUUUCAAGCCAUAGCAUUACCCAAAGGAAUUCUUCUGAAUCAUUACGCGUACAGCAUAUUAGAAAACCGUGCUAGAAAAUUGAACGAGAUGAGGUGGAUGCCGCAGAUGGUAGACGAAGAGGUAAUAGAGUCUCCGCCUAUAGAAAUGUCCGCAUCAAAUUAAUUUUUAUACCUCGAAAGUAUAGUGUAAAUAAAAACAUAUACUCUGCAGUUUUUAUUCUAGUUCUUCUGA